AUAAUACCAUACGUCGGUCUGCUUCCUUCGUGAUUACUUCGGGCGUUCCUGGUCCUCGUUCCUCUUUGAUAUCCGUGGCGGUUCUUUCGUUCUUUCUGUUGCAGAUUAUUGUUGUUGACUAGCUGAGCAGAAUGGUUUCCUUUGAGAUGAAUGAUCGAAAAAAGAUUGGGCUAGGAUUGACUGGAUUUGGAAUAUUCUUCUCAUUCUUGGGAAUCAUUUUCUUCUUUGACAAAGGUCUCUUAGCAAUGGGAAAUAUUCUCUUUCUAUCAGGUCUAAUGUUGACCAUUGGUCUCAAGUCCACUAUGCAGUUCUUCACAAAGCCUAAGAAUUACAAGGGGACCAUAUCGUUUGGAGUCGGUUUCUUUUUUGUCCUAAUUGGAUGGCCUAUUCUUGGCAUGAUCUUGGAGUCAUACGGCUUCAUUGUUCUCUUCAGUGGCUUUUGGCCAACCCUUGCAGUCUUCUUGCAAAGGAUUCCCAUCUUUGGUUGGUUGUUCCAACAGCCAUUUGUAACAUCGUUACUAGAACGAUUUAGAGGCAGGCGAGUACCUGUGUAAGCUCUCAAGUAGCAGCUCCACAAAUUAAUACACGUGAAAAUUAUGGCUACUUGUUUGUAACUUUUG